AACAAAACAAGCAAGAAAUUGAUGACACUAUCCUUUUGUGGGAAGACUAAUCCAACUGAAACAAAGGGAAAUGAAUUGAAUCAGAAUAACUACUCGAAUUUCAUCCCCAUCUCCGCCGAUUCUUGGCUACUUCUUGUUAAUUCCAAAGGAAAACCGGUAACGAAAGGGGAAUUCUGGAGGUAAAUGAUCAGUCCCGGCGUCGAAAUCGGCGAGGAAAUCUGAUCGCGAACAGAGUAGCAACAGUUGUAUGGAUUAUCACUGAUUCAGACUCGGAAUCGAAGCUCGAAAAUGGGCAGUGAAGUGGAAGAAGAAGAAGCAGAAGCAGAAGAAGAAGAAAAGCGGCCGCCUGAUCAACAGUUGCAGCAGCAGAAGAAGAAUCGAUCGUUGAAGAGUAAAGCAGCUCUCUUCGUAUCUGAUCUUACCACCGUUAUCUUCAACCCUAUCUCCGAUUCCUUGCGCAAACCCGGGCCGCCCCCAUUAACUGAAGAUAGAUCAUCAGACUCUGAGAAAAGUAAACCAGAGUCAGACGAGGAGGGUCCCCGGGAUAUAUCUGGCGGUCCAGAUACAUCAUCAUUUACAGCCUUCCUGUAUUCCCUACUCUUAAAUACAAAAUCUGGGACCCACUCUAGUGUAAAAGGAAACAAUGAGAAGGAUGAUAAUGAAGCCGAGCCAUCUGAACCACAAGUGAAGGAACCUACCAGAAGGAGAGGUAUACUCUCAAGGGGAAAACAUACAAUAGGGAGAGCCUUUUACCAAUUUGCUAGGUUGGGAGGGUCCCAAAAUAAGGGAAAUUCUGAUGAGACGGGGGUGAUUGAAGACAAAGGUAAUUCCAAAGGCGAUAGAGAUGAGGAGGGGAUGAUUAUGAAAAAUAUGACAGAGGGAGGACCGUUGAGCAGUCUUCCUGAAAUCUCUGAACCCUCAUAUCUUCUCUCAGAGAAGACACGAAUGGCUCUUUAUGCUGCACUUCCUGUCAUUGUUAAGGACCGGAAUUGGGUGAUGCUAUACAGUACAUGGAGGAAUGGCAUAUCACUUUCAACUUUGUACAGAAGAAGCAUGCUAUGGCCGGGCCUCAGUCUUUUGGUUGUAGGAGACCGUGAUGGCACGGUAUUUGGAGGGCUCGUUGAAGCACCCCUAAGGGCAACAACUAAGAGAAGAUAUCAGGGAACAAACGCUUCUUUUGUGUUCACAAAUGUAUCUGGACAUCCUAUUAUAUUUCGUCCUACAGGUGUGAAUCGCUAUUAUACUAUGUGCUCCACCGAGUACUUAGCAUUGGGUGGCGGUGGUCAUUUCGCGCUUUACUUGGACGGGGAUCUCAUGACGGGAUCAAGUGCCGCUUCUGAAACAUAUGGAAAUCCGUGCUUGUCAUCCACUGAAGAUUUCGUCGUGAAGGAGGUUGAGCUGUGGGGUUUCGUGUACGCAUCAAAGUACGAAGAGAUAGUGAGUCUUCUGAGAACGGAGGUGCCCGGAAUUUGCCGGUGGUGAAUAUCGUGUUUUUCAUAACUUGGGCGUGGGUGUGUGUGUUGUAAACCUCUUUUAUCUUCAAUGGCUAUGGUUGUUGUUCAUAAUAUUUGGCCAACAUUUUCAACAACAGUGUAUAUAUUAGUCCCUACACUAUUGUCAUUUGGAAGUAGUCUUUUUUUUUUAUUCUUCAAUUUGUUCCAGUUAUCUAGACUCCAAACUAUUACAGGGUACCAU